AUGUCUGGAAGAGGAAAGCAAGGAGAGAAGGUUCGGGCCAAGGCAAAGACCCGCUCAUCCCGGGCAGGACUCCAGUUCCCCGUCGGUCGUGUGCACAGACUCCUCCGCAAAGGGAACUACGCCGAGAGGGUGGGCGCCGGUGCUCCGGUCUACCUGGCCGCUGUGCUGGAGUAUUUAACCGCUGAGAUCCUGGAAUUGGCCGGUAAUGCCGCCCGGGACAACAAGAAGACCCGCAUCAUCCCCCGUCACCUGCAGCUGGCUGUGCGCAAUGACGAGGAGCUGAACAAGCUGCUGGGUGGGGUGACCAUCGCCCAGGGAGGCGUCCUGCCCAACAUCCAGGCCGUGCUGCUGCCCAAGAAGACCGAGAGCAGCAAAGCGGCCAAGAGCAAGUGAUCACCGCUUAUCCCAGAUCAUCCCGAACACCAAAGGCUCUUCUAAGAGCCACCACAUUGUCUCCUACAGAGCUGGCGCCGCUGAUCUCGGGUGUGAUAGUGUUAUUAUUAUUGGGCUGUUAUGUGGUUUAUAAGAACAUCCUGCACAUCUGCUUCAUGACACAUAAGGUGUUGGUUGUGCAGAGAUGUCAUAAGAGGAUUUAUUUUAUCACAUCAGAUUAAUGUCAGAUGGACACAGAUCUCUGAGCGACCGCCGAUCACUAACCGCGGGCAUCACCCAGCGCCG